GUCUAUUAGGUUCCUAGGGUCCACAAUCUCACAGGACCUGAAGUGGUCCCCCCAAACAGUCCCAGCGGAGGUUGUACUUCCUGACAUAGCUCAGGAAGUACAACCUGCCCCAGGAGCUGCUGACCAUCUUCUACACAGCCAUCAUCCAGUCUGUCCUCUGCAUCCCCAUCACUGUGUGGAGGUGCAAAUGCAGGUGCAGUUCCACUGUGUGGACCAGCAGACACAGAGUCACCUUCUUCCCAAGGCUGUUUCUGAACUGAACUCAGUACAAUGACUCUCAAAUGUGCAAUAACCACUGAUGAAUGUGACACAGUGGGCUGCAGUUUAUUUGUUUAUUUAUUUGUGUAAAUACCUAUAAUUACAAUUGUAAAUAAGAGGGAACAAAGACUGAGUCAGACCAUAUAUAAUUCCUUGGUUGUCCUGUGCAAACUUGGCAAUUAUACAGUAGCUGAUUCUGAUUCUAUUUCUCAAGGGCGUGUCCAUGUGUGGCAGGUCACUGCUCUACAACAAUGCCUCCUCAUAUUCACGGUGGAAACAAUCCAGUUGGUUGUCAUUUUUCUGUGCUGGGGCAGUGGGAACCAGUUGACAAUAAACAGAAGUCAGAAGUGCAGGUGCAUCAACAACCUUAGGUUUUAUCACAAUGGAUGUUCACAACUUCAUGUUGACGUUGUACAUUUUCUAAACAUGGACUGAUCCUCACUGGUUUUAAUGGUAACAUGAAUGUGGCCAGUUCAAAAAGCUCCACCUCUAAAGCAGACAGUUCCUUCCUGGAGCACAGUUAUAUUACAGACACUGCAGAGCUACGACCAGUCGCACCAUGAAGUCCUUCAUCUGGAUCAAUACUGUCGUUAUCUGCAGCAUCAGCUGGAUCUCUGUCUCAGUGGCUCAUUCUCAGAUUGUGAAUGUCCAGCCUGGUCACAGUGUCACACUGUGGUCCCCCAUACUGACUAAAAACACUGUGACGACCUGGUCCAGACUGACCAAUAAAACCACAGCCAGCUGCAUCUGUUUUAUCACCUCAUUUAAAGGAAACGCUGAAUUCUGUGAUGGAUUUAGUAAUGAAAAGUUUGAAAUGAAAGACAACAACAGUGGAGUGUAUCUCACAAUCAAAAAGGUUGAUUUAUCCGAUUCCAGAAUCUAUUUCUGUGAAUUUUUCAACAGCGGCAAAAGCACUUACUAUGUUACACACUUAUAUGUUAAUGGCAGUGAGGAAACGCAGGACGACUUGGACACAAAGUCUCAAACAGAGUGUAAUAAAACUGAUAAAACAACGUAUGUGAUGAGCUUGAUCCUCGGUGGUCUGACUGUUUUCCUUCUCAUGGUCGUUACUGGUGUGAUUGUUUCACUCGGAAAACGUCAAGCAGCUUCUAGUGAAAAACAAGAUCCACAACUCCACGAGAAUGUGGACUGUGACAACCUAACGGCUGCAGCACUGAGUGUGUUUUCACCAGCAGUAAGAAGCAGGAGACCUGCAUCACAGAGACAAGUGGAGACUCAUGUUACUUACGCUGCCAGCAGAUAGACUCACAGAGCAACUGCUGCUCUUAUCAGACUGAUCUACUGCUGUGUUCUGAUGGGAACUUACUGAAACUAGGGAGAAAUGAGUGAGUGAACAUACAGACGUGGUUCAGGUCAUGAUCCUCUCAUGUCUCACUCGAUCCUCCUAUUAUGACCUGACUUUGGUGACACACUGAUGAAGGUCUGCAGCAGAGCAGGGCUGAGUGAGACACAUCACUAGUUUGACAUGAAGAGACAAUAAGAUGUAGAAAAACAAUGAGGCCUGUGAACUUGAUAAAAAUGUCUGAGAUGAACCAAUAAACUGUAUCUGACUUUGUUGUGAAACUCAAAUUCUCCAUUUGCACAUUAGUAUAUUUACCGUGUGACCUGAUGUUAAUGAGCUAUGAGUUAUAAAAUGGCUGAUGGUGUAUUUAUUAAAGCAAAUGACAUAUACAUUGUUGAAGUUUACACUGCAGUGGAAAGCAGAAGUGUUUGUAUUAGUGACGUGUCUGAUUCUGUAUCUUCACACUUCUCAAACCGACACGUGACUAAAUUAUCUCCACUUAUUGUAAACACAUCUAUAAAACCUGUGAAACGUCUGAUGCAGCUCAACGACUCUUUAGACUCAUGAAAGCGUUGACUCUGCUGCAUCU